CUUCCGCCCCUCACUCCACCGCCGCGUGCCCUCUACAAUUCCGCACAUCCCACAUCAGAUCAUCAUGCUGCGGCGAGCCCCAACAACAAUUACGCUGACGCAAACCGACAUUGAGCAAUGGGAAGCCAAUCGUCAACGCAAGCUGCACGAGGCGCAGCAGGCGCAGCGUGAGGCCGAGGCCGAAGCCGAAGCGCAGGCGCAGCAGCAGCAGCAGUCUAGCGCUGAUGGUGGUGGUAAUGCGAAAGAGGGGCGGCAGCAGAGGUCCAAGAAAGAGCGGAUUAUGGGGAGGAGUAGUGGAUGAAGAGGGGAAGGAAGCGUUGCGUAAGAGUGUGUGGCUUAGUUGGUGGUUUGGCAGACAAGAGGGGAGGAUGAGGAGGAAAGGGAAGGUUUUGCGAUGUGGUAGGAUGGAAAUGGAGGGAUGGGGAGGGGAGUUGUUGAAUGUAGGAGAGGAGAUAUGCAAGUGUUUUGAUUGGAGAAAGAAAGAAAAAAGAGAAUGGCAUGUGCAUGUGUGGGAAUAUUUUGGC